AUGGCCUUCUCACCCUCCUUCCAUGACCGAGCGGACUUUGAUAACGCCACCCGAGGGUUUAUCCAUGCAUUAAAACCAUGUAUCAUACGAAACGCACAUGGCCGCGUAGUGUGGAACAACGACGAAUACGAUUUUCUUCGCGACGCAGAAUGCCCUGCCACCGCUGAGCCAAAGUUGUGGCGACAAGGCCAAUUGAACUCCAUCCAGGGCCUUUUCCGAGUAACUGAUGGAAUCUACCAAAUCCGAGGCUUCGAUCUCUCUAACAUGACCGUUGUUGAGGGAAAUAGAGGGGUUAUUGUGAUUGACCCGUUGACAUCCGUCGAAUGUGCAGCGGCUGCACUAGCGCUUUACCGUGAACACCGUGGAGACCGGCCAGUAACUGGCUUGAUCUACUCACAUUCCCAUGUAGAUCAUUUUGGUGGAGCUCAGGGCGUGCUCGAACCUGGCAUGAAUACAUCGAUGCCUAUUAUCGCCCCGGAGGGAUUCAUGGCCGAAGCGACCAGCGAGAACAUCUACGUCGGCGAUGCCAUGCGUCGGCGUGCAGGGUAUAUGUACGGCAUGCGCCUACCGAAAGGGCCAGAUGGUCACAUUGGCUGUGGUCUUGGAAUGAUGCCGUCUAGCGGGACGAUGUCAUUGAUUCCUCCAAACGUCUCCAUCUGCCAGACAGGCGAGGAACGAACAGUGGAUGGCGUUCGGAUCGAGUUCCAAAUGGUCCCUGAAACCGAGGCGCCGGCGGAGAUGAACUUCUACUUUCCCGAACACAAGGCACUUUGCAUUGCUGAAUGUGCGACGCAUUGCCUUCACAAUAUAAUUACGCUCCGCGGGGCUCUGGUUCGUGACGCGAAGGCCUGGGCACGCUAUCUCGACGAAACAGCAGUCCUCUAUGGACAGAAAGCCAAUGUGCUCUUCGCUGGCCACAAUUGGCCGACGUGGGGCCAGGACGAAAUCGUAAAGCUCAUAUCGGAGCAACGAGACCUCUACACCUACCUCCAUGACCAAACCAUCCGGAUGAUGAAUCUCGGCCUGACAGGCAUCGAAAUUGCAGAGCGAUUCACCCUCCCACCCGCACUGCAAAUGGCGUGGCAUGCGCAGGGUUACUAUGGCUCGGUCAGUCAUAAUGUCAAGGGAAUCUACCAACGCUAUUUGGGUUGGUUCGAUGGGAAUCCAGCACAUCUAUGGGAGUACCCAGCGGCUGAAGCUGGACAGAGAUACAUUGAUUGUAUGGGAGGUGUAGACGAGGUUGUUCGGAAGGCAAGGGGGUAUACCAGGAACGGCGACUCACGCUUUGCAGUGUCUCUCUUGGGCCAUGUCAUAGCCGCUCAUCCCGAACACAAGGAGUCAAGGCUUGAACUGGCAGCUGCAUACACGAAGCUGGCAUAUGGUUGUGAGAAUGCCACUUGGCGCAACUUCUACCUCUCCGGUGCCCAGGAUAUGCGCUCUCCUACGCCGCUCGGUCGUCCGGAACCUCCAAAACGGGAAUACAGGGCUGCACUAUCGAUAGAACAACUGCUUACUCUCUUGUCAGUUGAGCUGGAUGGACCCAAAGCUGCAACAGAAUCGUUCACGAUAGACUUCCAUCUGCAAGACAAAAGGGAAAGUUGGCUACUAAUUCUCAGCAAUGGAGCAUUGACAUAUCGCGCCAAAACAGACCAGGAUAGGUCGACCGGUACGUCUGGUUUGCAUCUAACGCUCACGAAGAACCAAUUUGUGGAGAUAUUAAAUGGACGUGAAAGCAUCCCAGAAAACAGUUCAGAGGGCGAUUUGAGCCUGCUCUUCAAAUUGAUGAGAUUGGUUGGUGCAUCUGCGCCCCCAACCAGCCUUUUGUAA